GGUGGAGGUGCUGUGCAUGCGUCGAUUGCGUCAGAUCGUAGCAUCCCGAAUUCGCGUUUGGAGCUAACCAGUGUUUCUGCAUCGAUCGACUGCUAUUCACGGUCGGACAACAGGCCAGCAAACUACGAUAUUCCCAGGUGCACGUGUGUGAGACAGAAGUGCGCGACUACACAAUUAAACAAAUAUGGGUGUUCCGGCAGGCGAUCCAGAGAAAGGAAAGAAGAUUUUUGUUCAAAGAUGUGCACAAUGCCAUACGGUGGAGGCGGGUGGCAAACACAAAGUAGGUCCCAAUUUACAUGGACUUAUAGGUAGGAAAACUGGUCAAGCUGCUGGUUUUCUGUACACCGAUGCUAACAAAGCGAAAGGUAUCACCUGGAACAAGGAUACCCUAUUUGAGUACCUGGAAAAUCCAAAGAAAUACAUUCCCGGCACGAAAAUGGUGUUCGCCGGGUUGAAGAAACCGCAAGAUCGGGGUGAUCUAAUUGCCUAUCUAGAACAAGCGACAAAGUAGAUAUCCAUCGCGUGUAUUACGCUAUGCGAAAAUCGCGACGAACGUAAACGUGCGCGCGCGCAAAAAUCGCUGCGCACAGCACGAGUCGCGACAUUAGUACGAUUGUCAUCUCAUCUUACAUCUGUCAUCUCAUUUGUGUUCAUACACAUGGACUCUCCUCUCGAUGGUACUCAAAGCGUUCGCAAUAUGUGUUCGGAUAGUAAUGAAUUGUUAUUGUUGAUAAGUAGGUAAUUGCAAGUAUGUAUAUUGUGACACAGGGGUCGGGCUAGCACCGGCCCUGCUUUUUUUCUUCAUCACACCGAAGAUAUUACUUUCUAAGGAGCGUUAACGCCCGCCAUGCGAGUGGUUGAGCCACUCUUUCGCGGACUUCGCGUCCUCGAUUAUUUAUUAUCAUUGUAUCAAUCUUAUCAUGCAGCAAGUGUUGAUCUGUAAAAACGAAAUACAGACUAGGCAAUUGGAAAUUUA